CAAUAGCUGUCUUGGAGAGAUAAGCGAGGGCAAGUUGGUGAUGAUCUUGCCGUCUUAAUUAUUUCUUUAUUUUCAAAAGUAAAACACGUCUCAGAUGCCAAAUAUUGACUUCGAUUCUAUUAGUGUUAGCAAACACAUGUAGAAACAAGAAGUUGCUGACGUUCUUGACUCCAGGAACAUCAGUGGAAGCUCGAGCUUGCGUUGAUCGAAACUUGCAACAAGGAGUGUCAACUUCCAAGAACUCUUGAUUCUUCUUGCAAGCUUUGCAGAGGAGUUCUGAAAUGGGAUUUCUUGACCUUUUUGUCGUGGCAAUGGUUCCAGUUCUGAAAGUACUCUUGAUUACUCUAGUUGGCUUGUUUCUUGCGCUUGAUCGUAUCGAUCUCUUGGGAUCGACUGCAAGACCCUAUUUAAAUAAUCUUAUAUUCUAUGUGUUCAGUCCAGCGCUCGUGUCUAGCCAGCUUGCUGGAACUAUUACUCUUCAAAGUUUGGCUAGCUUAUGGUUCAUGCCAGUGAAUAUCCUUCUGACAUUCAUAAUUGGCUCUGUACUUGCUUGGAUUCUCAUUAAAAUCACCAGAACUCCACCACACCUCCAAGGCCUUGUCAUUGGUUGUUGUUCUGCUGGAAAUUUAGGGAACUUGCUUCUCAUUAUUGUUCCUGCAGUCUGCAACGAGUCAAAUAGCCCAUUCGGAGAUUCAACUGUCUGCUCUUCUUAUGGAAUGGCUUAUGCUUCUCUUUCUAUGGCUGUUGGAGCUAUUUAUAUAUGGACAUAUGUGUAUAUUAUCAUGCGGAUAUAUGCUGAUAACAGUGCUGAAAACACAAAAAAUGUAUCGAUAGCCGAUUCUGAAAGUUACACAGAGGCCUUACUUCCUUCAAGUGAAAAGUCUAGCUGCCAUGAUCAUUCUGUUCAUGCUGAACUUCCUGAAACUAUGUCUGAGGGAAAAAAGGUGACAUUCAUGGAGAGGACCUUUUGGAAUUUUAAGAAAUUCGCAGCAAACACCAACCUCAAGAAGGUGUUUGCACCAGCUACAAUUGCCGCGAUGUUUGGGUUUGUCAUUGGGACAAUCUCUCCAAUCCGGAAGGUGAUUAUUGGUGAUAGUGCUCCUCUUCGAGUGCUUGAAAGCUCUGCAUCUUUGCUAGGACAGGCAUCAAUUCCAUGCAUGGCCCUGAUAAUGGGAUCGAACCUCCUUAAAGGUUUAAGAAGAUCAGAAAUAAGUGUAUCGGUCAUUGCAGGGAUAGUGGUAGUGAGGAAUUUUUUCUUGCCACUUAUAGGCAUUGGUAUUGUUAAAGCAGCACACCAUUUCGGCUUGGUUGGCUCAGAUUCUUUAUAUCAGUUCAUUCUUUUGCUUCAAUAUGCACUUCCACCUGCAAUGGCUAUAGGGGUUAUGGCUCAGCUUUUCAAGGCUGGUGAGAGUGAAUGUUCUGUCAUUAUGCUGUGGUGUUAUGUUUUGGCUGCAUUUUCUCUUACCCUUUGGUCAACCUUUUACAUGUGGCUCUUGGGGUAAUUUGUGUUCUUGUCUCUGGUCUCAGUCUCACCUUAAGGUUUGGUGACUGUCAAUUUCCCUUCUUACCUCCUCAAAGUUUCCAAAUUCCAUGUCGACUAGUUAGGCCGAUUCAAGCCAUGCUAGCAAGAACAUUUGACCAGAAAAAAAAACCUCCCAAUCCACUGCUGUUAUCCUCUAAUUGAAGCUUAUGCUCCAAGAAAAGCUAUCUUUUUGGAUAUUUAAAUACAUAUCAUUGACACAA